UGGAAGUAACUAAAUAAAUUGAAAUGGCAUCAUCUGCUGCCAGAAAUUUGUUUAAAGUUUAUGUCGGCAACCUUCCUUGGACUGUAGGACAUAACGAGUUAAAAAAUUAUUUUAGCAAAUUUGGAUAUGUAAACAGUGCUGUUGUAUCGUUCGAUAAGAAAACUGGACUUUCUCGAAACCACGGCUUUGUAAUUUUCAGUACAAAAGAAGGCUACGAAAAAACAAUUAAUACUUCCGACCAUAAACUCGAAGGAAAUAUUCUAAGAGUGCAGCCCACCAAUAAUAAUUAAAAGAAAUUACAUGUAUAACACGUAGAAACAUGGCA